CUUAACUACGACAAUGGAAUGCCCUACUACACGGUGGCGCUGAACCGCGAUUUGAAUCUGUUGCAAUGUGGUGCGAUUACGAUCCAGGGACUCAAUGCAAGCACCAUCGCCCGCCGCCUUCCGCCCGGAGUGCCAGUUCUUGAGAGCUACAAGUUUGUUCCAUUUUAUCCUCAGCAUACUCUUCAACCAGCCGAUGCAGCAUCUGUAAUCAUCCAAACUAUUCUCGAAAAUCAACCCACACUGCUCUUUACGGUCACGGAGGUGCACUCACCAACACGAUCGCCGGUACUUUCACUUUUCGGAGAUGCCAUAGGAGACCUCCCGUUGAUCAAAGCUCAACUCACUCUACUAUCCAACAAAAAACCUGAGCCAAUACCAAACGUCACCAUCUCAGAGGACAAGCUCAUGAAGCAACGAAACGUGCUGCUACUGAUUUGCGAAAAUCUGUUUGCAGAUGACGAAUUCAUAUCGGAUGCCAUCAACUGUCUUUCGGAUCAGGGUUUCAUCCUUCUGCGUGAAACUCCACAAUACAAAAUCAAAAAUUGCCAUCGCCGCUUGCAGCUAGUGAGCACGAUAACGGUGGCAGGUGAAAUACUCCUGCUACUGAAGCAGAAGCGAUCAGCUCUGAACACUUCUGUCGAUGCACACGUUAUCAAAGUCUCCAGAAAUGACCCGAACCACCAUUGGUUGAUGGAACUCAAACAACAGAUCAAAACUAAUCCAAUAAUUCUCUACGCUCAGGACGAUGCUUGGUCUGGAAUCAUUGGUCUUGUUAACUGCAUCCGCAAGGAACCCAAUGUGCAAAACGUCUCCUGCUUUUUCAUCGAUGAUCCUACGGCGCCUUCCUUCGAUCCAACCGAUGAAUUCUACAAAGAACAAAUUGACCUCGGGCUGGCCAUCAACGUAUAUCGGAACGGACAAUGGGGUUCUUAUCGCCAUUUCAAACUAUCCGAGGACAUCCAACCUCAACCAACGGCUGAACACUGUUUUGCAAACUGCGUCAAGCCUGGCGAUCUCUCGUCCUUCUCAUGGAUGACCGGUCCGCUUAGCGAACGCAAUUCAAAAAUUCCUUUGAUUAGAGUAGUGUAUAGUUCACUUAACUUCAAAGAUGUUAUGCUUGCCACUGGACGCUUGACUCUAGAUACAUCUUUUACUAGCAGAUUGGAGCAAGAGUGUGUGUUAGGAUUCGAGUACUCUGGAGUCACCACGACGGGAAAGCGCGUCAUGGGAAUCAUACCAGCAGGCUCAAUGGCAACAUUGAUUGAAGCUGACCCUCUCUUCACUCUGGAAGUACCCGAAGAAAUUACCUUAGAACAGGCUGCCACCAUUCCG